AUCCUCCGGUCUCCGUUGAUCCGUUCCCGAACUCCAUGGCACGACACCGCCAUGGCUCCGCUCCCUCAUCCCCUUCCCGCCACUCCGUACCCAGCCAAACCACACGAGACCCCGCGGUCCUUCUCCCUACAUGCCGCGCUCGCCUCCCUCUCCCAGCAAGGCGGCGACAACGGCAGCCUCCGCGACGCCUUCGCUCUCGUUUCCCGCGCCGAGCGCCAGUCGAGCCCCGCUGUCGCCGUCGCCGUCGGCCCGGAGGUGUACGUGUCCCUCCUGCAGUGCUGUGUGGCAGCGGGGUCCCUCCGCGCAGGACGCCAGGUGCACGCCGCCGCCGUCAAGCGCGGGCCCUACUACUGCCGCCACGCCUACAUCGGCACUAAGCUCGCGGUCUUCUACGCCCGCUGCGGCGCGCUCGACGAUGCCGAGCGCGCGUUCGAUGCGCUUCCCAAAAAGAACGCCUUCGCGUGGGCCGCCGUCAUCGGAUUAUGGAGUCGCGCCGGGCUGCACGCGAGGGCCGUCGCCGGAUACGUGGACAUGCUCGAGGCGGGCGUUCCCGCGGACAAUUUCGUCGUGCCCAACGUGCUAAAGGCGUGCGCGGGGAUCGGGAUGAUCGAGACCGGGAGGGCACUUCACGCGUACGCUUGGAAGGCGGGGUUCGGGGAAUGCGUGUACGUGUUGAGCAGUCUGGUGGAUUUCUACGGGAAGUGCGGCGAGGUGGAUGAUGCGAGGGAGGUGUUUGAUGCAAUGCCGGCGACAACCGUGGUGACUUGGAAUUCGAUGUUGAUGGGGUAUAUAAACAACGGGAGAAUUGAUGAUGCCGUGGAUUUGUUCUAUCAGAUGAGGGUCGAGGGUGUGCUGCCGACGAGGGUGAGCGUUUUGAGCUUUCUGUCUGCAUCAGUGGAUCUUGAAGCUGCCGAUGGGGGAAGGCAGGGCCAUGCCGUGGCGGUAUCGAGCGGAUUAGAGAUGGAUGUGAUCUUGGGUACUUCAAUCAUCAACUUUUACUGUAAGGUUGGGUUAGUGGAGGCUGCAGAAGCGGUGUUUAAGCAGAUGGUGGAAAGAGAUACCAUUACAUGGAAUUUGAUGAUUGCUGGGUAUUUGCAGGAUGAACAGAUCGACAAGGCUCUCAUCACUUGUCAGAGAAUGCUUCGGUCUGGCCUUAGGUUUGAUUGUGUGACGUUGGCAUGCAUUAUCAGGGCUUACAGGGAAUCCUGCAAUACGGAGAUGGGUAGAGCUGCUCAUGGUUAUGCAGUUAGAAACAAUCUUGAGUCAGAUAGAGCAGUUGCUUGUGGCCUGAUAGAGUUGUAUAUGAGUACUGAAAGGACUGAAUAUGCACGCCGGGUAUUCGACGUCAUGAGUUGUAGGGACAUUGUCAUGUGCAAAACCAUGAUUUCUGCUUAUGAAGAUCAUGGCAUGAGUACUGAGGCUCGGAAGCUUUUAUAUCAGAUGCAACUCGAGGGCAUAUCUCCAACUGCAGCGUGUUGGGAUUCAGUAAUUUCAGUUUUUAUGAAAAAUGGGCAGAUUGAUGAGGCCCUACAGAUCUUCAACGAGAUGCUACUAACAAAAACACGCCCCAAUCUGCGCACAUGGAGCCUGUUAAUAAGUGGCUUGUCUCAAAAUGGUAUGCACCAUGAGGUAAUGAAUCUAUGUUGCAAGAUGCAGGAAGUAGAGCAAGCACCGAGUCCAACAAUUUUUUCUGCAGCACUUCUUGCUAUGAAAACUGCAGCUUCGGUACAAUAUGGAAAGGCAGUGCAUGCAUGCAUUGUUAAAAAGGGCCUGUUAUUGUCCAAAUCCGUGAUACAGUCCUUGCUAAACAUGUAUGGUAGUUUCAGUGACAGAGGCACAGUGGAAAGUUUACUAAGGUUGCUUGCUGCAGUACAGUAAAUAACACAGCUGUACAUAUCACAUAGCGUUGCACAUAUUCAUCGUCAGAUGGCCAUUCUUGGAACUAACAUUAUGCAUCCGAUCAGCCUGGUUGGUGGAGUAAAUAUGUAUUUCCAAUAUGCAUUCAUCAUAGCUUACAUAGACAGGUUUAUGCACAGUUACAUAUUUUUGCACAUUUUCGUUAAAACUUCUUGAUGCGGUAUGGCAUCUACAUCUGAUCUUCAGAGGCAUUUUCAUGAGAGCAGAAGGUUCCAAUCAGAAAACAGGCAAAGGUUAAAGAGCCCGUACCAGCGAGUAUAUAGUGCUGCUGUUGGCUCAGAACUCUUUCUGAAACUUGCAGCUACAGAUGCUUGAAUUAUUUUGCCGAAAAGUGUACAGUUUUAGCUUCUGUAACCACUGACCGCACGCUAAGAGAUAUGCUACAUUUGUGAUGUCUGCCUAGUUUGCUCAAUUUUGGACCAGAAUGUGUACUCCUCGCUGGGCCUUUUGGGGGAAUUGUCAGAAGACAUGGCAUCGUCUAGACGCGAUCAUGAAUUAUUGAUAGUCCUUGUUACAGUCAAAGCAUUAGAGUGAACUGUACACCCAUACUGCAAAGUCUAAUUAACUCCCACUCUUGCGGGAGGGAGGGCAAUUAAUUGAUUUCAAAUAGUAGAUCCUU